GUACUCAUCUGCCGCAAAGAAAAUUGCACUCGCAAACUAUAGAAGCACGUUUAACCAACGGUGAUUAAAAAUAAGACUUACAAUCACACAAUGGUCAUAAGGUUCACAUUACUAGUGGCACUAUGCAGUGUUGCUUACGGCGAUUACUACGGUCCAUCUUCGAGUCCAUCACAGGCUUUUUUCGGGGGACGAUCUUCCCUAGACUUUACGUAUCAGGUGCCUGAUAUUAAUUUCGCCAGUGUAAUCCCGGCGAGAAAUCCUCCAGCCAGAUUACCAGUCAACGGAUUUGGCAGCAACACAGCGGCGUCACAACCUCAAGCCAGCGUCUCAGGCUACAGUUUCAGCAAUCCGCCUCCCCCAUUAGGGACUGACACGGAUCCGGGAGCACAAACGUGUGGCUUGGCUCCUCCAUUCUGUCCUAAGUCCCGCUAUCGGACCAUUGAUGGUUCCUGCAAUAACCUGAUCAGACCAAAAUGGGGUCUGCCCCAGACUCCUUACGGGCGAUUGGUUCGCUACAAUUAUGCCGAUGGCGUAUAUGCAUGGCCGCGGUCAACCUCAGGUCGUCCCCUGCCGAACCCUCGCGCGAUCAGCUUGCGGUUGUUCCCGGACAAGCAACUGGUCGAUCCCAUUUGGAAUUUAAAUGCCCAACAGUGGGGUCAGAUUAUUACCCACGACAUGUCUCUUACGGCGGGAGUUGCUCAAUCUCAUGCGGACAUGAUCACAUGUUGUGACGCCAAUGGGCGGCUCACACCUGACUCCAGCAUAAAUCCUCAAUGCGCGCCUAUUAUCGUUCCUCGUGAUGACCCCAUACACGCGCCACAGGGCACUCAGUGUAUGAACUUUGUAAGGACUACUACCACUAGGGACAGAAGAUGUACCCCUCCAGGCGCUCCUGCUGAACCGUUGACAACUGUCACCGCGUAUAUGGAUCUGUCCCUGGUAUACGGCAGCAGCGCAGGCCAAGCAGCUCCGAUCAGAGCUGGCAGUGGGGGCCGCCUAUUGACGAUCCUGCGAAAUGGUCAGGAGUGGCCUCCUCAGGACCCUAAUAUCACUCUCACGUGCGAAUCGGCACAAUCUCUGAACGAACCUUGCUAUCUGGCUGGUGACAUCCGUGUAAACCAGAACCCUCAGCUGACAGUGCUUCAAGUAGUGCUGUUGCGCGAGCAUAACCGCAUCGCAGACAAUCUAGCAAAGAUAAAUCCGCACUGGUCUGAUGAGAUAAUUUUCCAAGAGGCCCGCCGCAUUCAUAUCGCCGAAAUUCAACAUAUCAACUACUAUGAAUAUCUACCUAUUUUCCUAGGGUUGGAAAACAUGAUAAAGAACAAGUUAAUCUAUCCGGAGGCUCACGGCUACAUCAAUGACUACAACCCCAACGUUGAUCCUACUAUCUUGGAUGAGCAUGCCACUGCAGCUUUUCGACAUUUCCACACCUUGAUCCGAGGAUAUUUACAGUUGAUCACAGAAAAGCGUAACCUGGUGGGUGCAGUGCGUAUCAGUGACUGGUUCAACAGACCUCUACUGUUAGAAAUGGGUCAAGCUUUCGAUGAUCUGGCCCGAGGCCUCACUGUACAGCCGCAGGACUUCAGUGACCAGUACUGGGACAGCGAAAUGACACAGUACCUCUUCAGGCGCAACAACACGUUUGGUGGAGAUUUGCGAGCUACGGACAUUCAGCGUGGUCGCGACCAUGGCCUUGGCUCAUAUGUGAAUACGCGGGCUGCUUGUGGCCUUCCUGUACCGAAAAGCUUCCAUGAAAUGAGUGACUACAUAUCCGAAGAGAACAUACAAAUCUUGCAAUCAUUGUACGAGUCGCCUCAGGAUGUGGAAUUAGUAGUUGCCGGGUCGCUGGAACGCAACGUUCCAGGUGCUCAGGCUGGCCCCACAUUCCUCUGCAUCCUCACUGAACAGUUCUACAGAACCAGAGUUGGAGACAGAUACUUCUUUGAAAACGGAGCUGAUACUGACAUCGCCUUCACUCCUAGUCAAUUGGCGGAAAUCCGCCAAUCAUCGAUGGCGCGAAUACUUUGUGACAACGUUAAUUCAAUUAAUUUUAUGCAACCUAGAGCCUUCGAACAAAUUUACCCUCAGAACAAACUCGUACCGUGUGAUGAAAUACCUGCUGUGGACCUUUCUUUCUGGCACGACAGUGAAUACUACAAAUAAGUUAUUUAUAUAUUAAUAUACAACCUAUGAAUGAAAUAAAAAGCGACUUUAAUUUGUAAUGUUGACGUACCGCGCAGUUUUCAGGUUAGUUUUCAAUACCAAAUUUUUGUGGCAAUUUUUAUUAUUUCAAUAUUCUAGAAUAUUAUCUUGAAGAAUUGUUUAAUAUUCGAAUGUAGUACCUAUUCAGAAUUAUUAUUUAAUAUUUCACGAUAAUAUAAUGUAAUACUUACAUAACAAAAAUUGUCACUGAAAUUAGAUACAGAAAACUAAAUUAACCUGAAAAUUAUCAACUCUGGAUUAGAAAAACUUUACGUAACCGAAGCAAACGGACUUCUUUCGAUGUUAAAUACAAAAAAGAUUGAAGAAUGAUGCCUAAAGUUCUAAUUUGAAGUCGUUUUUGAUUCCUUGACAAAACAUCUUUUUUAUGAAGACAUAAUAAAGUUAUCGAAAAGGUUGUGAUUAAACCUCGAAUUGUAACUUACAGUGUAAAUAUGAAUGUAAACGACAAUACUUAUAUGGAAGUACAAAUUUCAUUUUGAAAGGGCGCACCUUUGCGGCUGAUCGUAACGAUUCCAGCCCAUUCUUAAUUUAUUUGUACGUUAUUUUGUACAGGCAUUAUAUAGAAGUUUUUACGAAUGUGUUCGCAUGAGUCUCCGAGUUUUAAAGUCGGUUUGUAUUAAUCUCCUAAGCCUAACCCAGCAAACUACAAUGGGAAAAACGCCAAAUGCCCAAUGUACAAUGUUUUAAUAUACUUGACCCACUAAACGACGAUACUUAUAUGGAAGUACAAAUUUCAUUUUGAAAAGGCGCACCUUUGCGGCUGGUCGUAACGAUUCCAGCCAGUUCUUAAUUUAUUUGUACGUUAUUUUGUACAGACAUUGUAUACAAGUUUCUACGAAUGUAUUCGCAUGAGCCUCUGAGUUUUAAAGUCACUUUGUAUUAACCUCUUAAGCCUAACCCAGUAAACUGCAAUGGGAAAAGCGCUCGCGCACUACAAUGCUCUAAAAUAUCUAACCCACUAAUCAUCUAUUUGGUUCAACCUGUGAGCCGUAAAAUUAACUUUGGUAUGACUUUCUUAUUGCAUGAUUAGUGAAUGACGUUUUAAGAAACCUUUUAAGCCAAUUUGAUCUUUAAUUACAUUACAUGAAUACAAAUUUCAACCAAAAAGCUGGAAUUACUUUUUCUGUUGAAUGUGUAAGAAGGCUUUCAGAGCAAAAGGUGCUAGAGUUGAAUGUACUAAAUAUAACUCGAUGCUUCAGGCUUCAAGCAAGUAUACCCUCAGUUUUGUUUGAAACACGCAACCGAGAUUUUUUUUUAGUAUUUUUUUAGAUAUGGGUAGAAUUUGAUUAUAGAAGCGUUAAAUUAGAUUGCGAUAUUUUUUACUGCGUUUAUGUGAUCAUAUAAUAUCGAACCAUUACUGCCGGCUUAGCGUAAGCGACAAAAGACAAAUUUUACAGAAGAGGUUUUUUUAAAACAUUUAUACACAUAAAUGUGAUACUAAAUUGAAUUUCAAUAUAUACUGUUCAUUUUUAAAUUGGACAGUAUACAGAAGACACAAGGACACUACUGUCUUAGGAACCAUUAAGUCUCUUUUUCUGAAAACAAUUUUGGCAUAGUAAAUUUUUUGGUCAAGCGUGAGUUGUCCAUAAAAAGGAAUAAAAUUGAUAAACAUUUUUUUAGUGCUAAUCGACUUAGUUUCAUGAAGGGAUCAUUUGAUUGCAUGGAACGAAAAAAAUCGGGAAAAGCGAAGUUUGUCAAUAAUGGAUGUUAAGGCAAAAAAGCCUUUACAAUAUAUUUGUUAUCUCUAUCCAAAAAUUUUUGAGGCUGAAUGCCUCAAGCGUUUAAGGGAACAUUUGUGAUUAAAACUAUGCAAGUUUGGUUAAAGUAAACGACGAAAUAGUGAUGUACUAUGUCAGUUGAGAUAACAAGUGGUGUCGCUCACCUUAUGAUUUUUUAAUAUUAAUUGUGUCGAUCACAUCAAAAUAUUAAAAAAAAAAACAUUUGAACGAACGAUAAACACAGGUUUUGCUAUAAUUUCUAUUUGAUGUAAUUUUGUCGGGAAAUAUCGAUAUGUCCUUGUUCGUUAUAGUUUAAAAAACUACUUGCAAUAAAAAAUGCUGUUUAGGUAAAAAUGUCACUUACGCUAUCGUGACUCGAUAUUGUCUGAAUAUGAAUUCUUAGGGGCCUUACGAGGUUAAAAUAUUUGUAUUACUACCUACUACCACUAUUCUUCUAUAAUUAACCAAUGUGUUAGGUUUUAAAUUGUAUAUUUAAGAUGUAUUUACAGUGUUUUAAAAAUCUGUAACACAAAUCACACAUUACUUCGUAUACUUUUGAUACACACACACACACAUAUAUUAUAUCAUCUUGUUUUUUGCUGUGUGCUGCUUACUAAAUGAAUAUCAAUUACCAGCGCUCUUUUCUGUACACAAUUUAAAAAUGCAACUUAUUAGUACUGACCAUGUUUUAUGUAUAUAGCUAAAUGUAAGGUUUAGCAUUAUGUUAUCGAUUAUAUUAUAUUCAGCUUAAUACAUAUUAGUAAAUGUAAAAAUGAUUAACUGUUUAUAUGAAAUGAAUAAAUGUGCCUUCAUAAGUUUACUAAAUAAGAAAUGUAAAUAAAUUUUA